ACACUCAAUAAACUACGCGACUAAAUAUUUUGAGUACUUACGCACUCACCAUACUCUUUGCAAUUUCUAAUUCAUUGAUUUAUCGUCCUUAAUCGACGGUAUAAAUAAGCCGGAAUUUCGUCAAAAUAUUUAGUUCCAUUUUAACCGUUAGCUGGAGAAUACUCUACAAGCAACAUUUUAAAUCACUAAAUUUUCUCAAAAAACAUAAGCAAAAUGCAACGCUGGAAUAAUCGUGUCGCUGUAGUCACCGGCGCUAGUUCGGGCAUUGGUGCCGCAUGUGUUAAAUACCUGGCCAAUAACGGUAUGAUCACCGUCGGUUUGGCACGACGUAAGGAACGCGUUGAAGAAUUGAAAACCGGUUCGAAUUCAGAUCGCAUACAUGCCAUUCGUUGCGAUGUGCAAAAAGAAGAGGACGUUAUAGCCGCUUUCAAGGAGAUCGAGGAAAAGUAUGGACCAGUAUCCGUGCUUGUUAACAAUGCUGGUAUUACACGUCACUCUGAUUUGCUCAAAGAAGGCAAUACAGAGGAUAUCCGCGCUGUGAUUGAGACUAAUGUUCUGGGCAUUGUGUGGUGCACACGCGAAGCCUUUCGUUCGAUGAAGCAGUCACCGAAUGGCGAUGGGCAUGUAUUUCUUAUCAAUAGCGUACUUGGUCAUCAAGUGCUGAAUUUUCCGUUAAACAUAUAUGCACCUUCGAAAUAUGCUGUCACCGCCUUGACAGAGAUGUAUCGUCAGGAGUUUCUCAAUAAUGAGACAAAAAUUAAAAUUACUAGUAUUAGUCCUGGCGGGGUUUUGACGGAAUUUAUGAGCGCUACUGAAGAAGAAAUUGCCGGUAUGAGUUUUCUCGCAUCGGAAGAUGUAGCUGAUGCUUUAAUUUAUUGUCUGCAGACACCACCAAAUGUGCAGAUACACGAACUAACCAUAAAGCCAAUUGGUGAAACUUUCUGAGCGCUAAAUAAAUUGUGAUCUAGUUAAAAAAUGUAUGUUCAAAGUUUUAUUUUAAAAUUAUACGAUUUUAUUUAUUUAUUGUU